AUGUCGGGUAAGUCAGAAGAAGUUUUAAUGAUGUUUGCUGAAUUUGUUGAAUCUGCACGUGGCAAAAGACAAUUAUGUUACCUCGGUUGUCGAUAUUCUCUCAAACGUAAAAAUCAAAAUGGUUCAGAGUAUUGGUUAUGGAAGAAUCUGGUCCAAUAUAACCAUUAUCGUAAUAUAACACCUCGAACAAUUAAUUAUUUGGAAGGUCGACAUUCUCGAAUGAAAAAACACGUAAGUUCACCUCAUCCAAACAUUUAUAUUGCUAUUGAUUUACUCCAAAAGGAACAAUCACUAGUAUCGAUUGCACGAGUACGAGAUGGUAUGGGAGCUCCAGCUCCAAAACGUCGAAAAACCAAAGUUAUAACAGAUGAAUGUCUAAUGAAAUUAUGGCAACGUUAUGAUGACGGUCGUAUUGACAUCCCAGCGUUCUUGAAGGCUGCCGGUAUGAGAUAUUUUCAACGUCCGUCAAAAAGUUAA